GUCCACAGCGCAGGCGCGGUGACCAAUGAGCACACUCUCGGUGAGCGGCGAGGGCAAUAUGGCUUCCUGCACCUGGUGACGGUUGAGGAAAUUGACUUUGGUAUCAUGGAGAAAUCGCGGGGCACUGAGGAGACGCCAUCUUCAGAGCCAAUGGACGAAGAGGAGGAGGACGACUUGGAACUCUUCGGGGGCUACGAUAGCUUCCGGAGUUACAACAGCAGUGCGGGCAGUGAGAGCAGCUCCUACCUGGAGGAGUCAAGUGAAGCCGAAACUGAAGACCGGGAAGCGGGGGAGCUUCCCACCUCCCCGCUGCAUCUGCUCAGCCCUGGCAAUAACCGCUCCUUGGAUGGCAGUGGUUCUGAGCCAGCGGUCUGUGAGAUGUGUGGUAUCGUGGGCACAAGAGAAGCUUUCUUCUCCAAGACCAAGAGGUUCUGCAGCGUCUCCUGUUCCCGGAGCUACUCCUCCAACUCCAAGAAAGCCAGUAUCUUGGCUAGACUACAGGGAAAGCCGCCCACCAAGAAAGCCAAAGUGCUGCACAAGGCAGCCUGGUCUGCCAAAAUCGGAGCCUUCCUCCACGCCCAGGGGACGGGGCAGCUAGCAGAUGGGACACCCACAGGACAAGAUGCUCUGGUCUUAGGGUUCGACUGGGGGAAGUUCCUGAAGGACCACAGUUACAAGGCUGCUCCUGUCAGCUGCUUUAAACACGUACCCCUCUAUGACCAGUGGGAAGACGUCAUGAAGGGGAUGAAGGUGGAAGUCCUUAAUAGUGACGCCGUGCUCCCCAGCCGGGUGUACUGGAUCGCCUCUGUCAUCCAGGCAGCUGGGUACCGAGUGCUGCUCCGAUACGAAGGCUUUGAGAACGAUUCUAGUCAUGACUUCUGGUGCAACCUUGGGACUGUGGAUGUUCACCCCAUUGGCUGGUGCGCCAUCAACAGCAAGAUCCUGGUGCCGCCGCGUACCAUCCACGUCAAGUUUACUGACUGGAAGACCUACCUCAUGAAGCGGUUGGUGGGCUCCAGGACGCUUCCUGCAGAUUUUCACAUCAAGAUGGUGGAAAGCAUGAAGUACCCCUUUCGGCAGGGCAUGCGCCUAGAGGUCGUGGACAAGACCCAGGUGUCGCGGACCCGCAUGGCUGUGGUGGACACGGUAAUUGGGGGUCGCCUCCGGCUCCUCUAUGAGGAUGGUGACAGUGAUGAUGACUUCUGGUGCCAUAUGUGGAGUCCCCUGAUCCACCCAGUAGGUUGGUCACGGCGUGUCGGCCAUGGCAUCAAGAUGUCAGAGAGACGAUGUGAUAUGUCCCAUCACCCCACCUUCCGGAAAAUCUACUGUGACGCUGUUCCUUACCUCUUCAAGAAGGUGCGGGCUGUCUACACAGAAGGUGGCUGGUUUGAGGAAGGGAUGAAACUAGAAGCCAUCGACCCUCUGAAUCUGGGCAACAUCUGUGUGGCAACCAUCUGCAAGGUCCUCUUGGAUGGCUACCUGAUGAUCUGUGUGGAUGGGGGGCCCUCCACAGAUGGCUCAGACUGGUUCUGCUACCACGCCUCCUCCCAUGCCAUCUUCCCAGCCACCUUCUGCCAGAAGAAUGACAUUGAGCUCACACCCCCAAAAGGGUAUGAGGCUCAGCCUUUCGACUGGGAUACCUACUUAGAGAAGACCAAGUCAAAGGCGGCUCCAGCAAGACUCUUUAACAUGGACUGCCCCAACCAUGGCUUCAAAGUGGGCAUGAAGCUGGAGGCUGUGGACCUGAUGGAGCCGCGGCUCAUCUGUGUGGCCACCGUGAAGCGGGUGGUGCACCGGCUCCUCAGCAUUCACUUCGACGGCUGGGACAAUGAGUAUGAUCAGUGGGUGGACUGUGAAUCCCCGGACAUCUACCCUGUGGGCUGGUGUGAACUCACCGGCUACCAGCUCCAGCCGCCUGUGUCUGCAGAACCAAACACACCUCUGAAGGGCAAAGAGGCCACAAAGAAGAAAAAGAAACAAUUUGGGAAGAAAAGGAAAAGGAUCCCAUCAGCCAAGACACGGCCCAUCAGACAGGGAUCCAAGAAGCCCUUCCUGGAGGAUGACCUGCAGGCUUUGGGGGUCUCGUCUGAGCCCAUGUCUGAUGACAUUAUAGCUGUGUGUGUGAAGGAGGAGCACCAAGACCUCUCUUCGCCUGACCGGUCACCUAGUCCACAGCUGCCUCUCCCCAUCGAGCACAUCAAGCAGGAGAGGGACAACUGAGCCUCUUCCCUGGUGUCCUCCUGGACCCUUGCUGAAGCCAGGCCUGGCCAUGGAGCAGAGAGGAGGCCCGCUUUACUGCUGUGCAGUGAAUGGACAGCCCGGUCUUGUAGGGCCCACCUCUG